AUGAUCUCUCACACCGGAUGGCGGUCCUCGCGUGUCUUUGUUACGUUGGUUGUUAGUGUCGCUAUCUUCACCGACAUUUUCCUCUAUGGACUGAUUGUACCUGUGUUGCCCUUUGCCCUAAAGGUGCGAAUGGGCUUGCCAGAGAAUGAUAUCCAACUCUGGGCCUCAGCCUUUCUGGCCAUCUAUGGAGCCUCUAUUUUUGUGGGAUCUCUACUCUUCGGCUGGAUAGGCGAUCACUCGAAGACAAGACAAGGCCCAUUCCUACUCGGCCUAAUUCUCGUAGGCAGCGCCACUCUUCUAACCGCCCUCACGACCUCCCUCUCUUUAUUUCUUCUAGCCCGAGUGCUACAGGGUCUGUCCACCUCCAGCGUCUUCACAAUCGGCUACAGUCUCCUGCUCAACACAGUCGGAAGCAACCACAUCGGGAGCGCCCUAGGCUUUACCAACCUGGGCUUGAGUCUCGGGCUCUUCGCCGGCCCCAUCAUCGGCGGCUUCAUCUACGAUAUAGCCGGCUAUGUGGCCGUCUUUACCCCGGCAUUCGCACUCAUAACCAUCGAGAUUAUCUUCUGCCUAUUCCUCAAACCCCUACCACCCGGAUAUAAACACCCUCCAUCGUCCGAACACCAUCCAUCGCCCGAAGAAUCACCUCUCCUACACGAUGAACAAUCACAAUCAUCACCCCCAACCCUUCUCCUCCUGCUCCGCACCCCCCGCUUCCUAAUCGCCAUGACAGGCAUGUGCAUGCUCAACACAUUCAUGACAGCCCUUGAGGCCGUUCUCCCAGUCUACCUCCAGGCCCUCUUCCACUACACACCCAGCCAGAUCGCCAUCGUCUUUCUCUCCCACUCCCUCCCUCUAAUGGUUCUCUCGCCUCUAGCCGGCUACUGCGUGGACCGGGUCGGUCCCUUCCGGCCGGCUCUUUCGGGCUUUGCGCUCACGGCCCCGAGCAUGAUGCUUCUGGGUCUGAUUCAGCAGAAUACGAUCCUGCACUCAGUGCUUCUCCGUGUGUUUCUCUUCCUGUUUGGGUGCGGCAUGUCCAUGGCCAUGCCUGCCCUCAUGACGGAAUUUAGUAUGGCGGCUGAGGCGUUGCAUCCGAGGGGGUCCGGUGCGUAUUCGCAGGCGUAUGGCCUGAGUAAUGCUGCUUUUGCGGCUGGGACUCUUGUGGGACGCUUUAUGCGGGGUAUAUAA